GGGUCGCGGCGCAGGCGCAGUGCGCACGGCGGGCACCGGGGUUGGCCGGGCUCUUUUGUUCGAGGGAGGCGGACGGAGCGCGGCCAGGCCCGCGGCGACACGGAGCGGGGCCGCCUGCAGCCCCUUCCCUCGGCGGCGGUUGGCGGGGCUGUGCAAGCAGCGUCGCCCGUAAGCUGAAAAACUGGCCAGCACAAUGGGAAAAAAACAGAACAAGAAGAAAGUGGAAGAGGUUUUAGAGGAAGAGGAGGAGGAGUAUGUGGUGGAGAAGGUCCUGGAUCGGCGAGUGGUGAAGGGCAAAGUGGAAUACCUGCUCAAGUGGAAGGGCUUCUCAGAUGAAGAUAACACAUGGGAGCCAGAGGAGAACCUCGACUGCCCAGACCUCAUUGCAGAGUUCCUUCAGUCCCAGAAAACCGCACAUGAGAGCGAGAAGUCCGAGGGGAGCAAGCGCAAAGCGGAGUCUGACACAGAGGAUAAAGGGGAGGAGAGCAAACCAAAGAAGAAGAAGGAGGAGUCGGAGAAACCGCGAGGCUUUGCCCGAGGAUUCGAGCCCGAGCGGAUCAUCGGUGCCACGGAUUCCAGCGGGGAGCUCAUGUUCCUGAUGAAGUGGAAGAACUCUGACGAGGCCGACCUGGUCCCUGCCAAGGAAGCCAACAUCAAGUGCCCGCAGGUGGUCAUCUCGUUCUAUGAGGAGAGGUUGACAUGGCAUUCCUACCCCUCAGAGGACGAUGACAAGAAAGAGGACAAGAACUAAGCCCUGGCACCCGCUCUGGCCAACCUUUGUAUAAAGAUCUGAACUGUGGGUUUGAGCAAGAGGGAGAGAACGCAGCUCUGCUCGGUUGGGAGCGUAGAGAUGGCUGGAGAAGAUGCCCUUUGAAGAGACCAGUAUGGUUUCUGUGCCCUGCAGCUGCUCAACUGCUUUCUGCAGCUUCAUGCUGUGUACAGAUUCCAAGCAGCCCGACUCAAUGGGGGGGGGGGGGGGGGGGGAUUUGGAAAGGAAGGGCAGGGGGAUGCUGGGGUGGGAAUGAGGGGAGGAAGUGGGGUGCUUGUUUCAAAGCUGCCUAUUUCGCAGCUUGGGGGAGAGGAAGCAAAGCCCCUUCCAUGAAGGACUAUCCCUGGUGAUGGGUGGGCUGGGGAAAGGGAGUGCAGAUGGAUACUGCUUAUUCUUCAAAGACCAUCUCAGCAACCCACAGCCUUCUUCCCAAUAGUGUUAACUCUGCAUUUUUACGGCGUA